GAACUGAUCAGGAGCAGAUUAUUAGUGAUGGACUGGAUCUGCAGAUACCAGAGUGUGACAGAGAUACAGCUUGUCAGCAAAUUUUGCAAUCAGGCAAUGAUAGCUCAGCUUUUAAACAAGCUACUGAAGUCAGUGUUUUCUGUCAAGAGGAAACAUGUGAUAAAAACUAUGACAGCACACAAAUUGUAACCAGUUCUGAAAGCAAGACAAAUUUAUUAAAAUCUGAAAAUAUCAUGUUAUCACCAGCACAAGAGCUUCCUGAAAAAAUUUCAACACCUGCAUCUUCAGAAGUCUUGAACAUAAAUUCCUCUGUUGCACAAACUGGUUCAGUUUCAGCUUUCCUUUCAACAUCUAAUGAAGACUGUUCUAAUCCGAACCAUUCUUUGGAUAGCUCGUAUCAUCUGCCUGUUCUUAUAUCUAGUCAUCAGGAUAUAUCUGCAGAAUCUGGGCAACCAGCUCUAGAAUACCGAAGCAAGAAUCAGGUAAUUAUUGCUCAGCCAAUUUCACCGCCCAUCAGUAUUUCAACUCACAUGAAUGAAAAUCCCUCCACAACAAUCACUGAUAAUAAACGGUGCUUAGCUGCAGAUGAUACAAUAUCACUGAGUUUAUCUAAAACUCAAUACAAAAGUUCCAGCUUGGAAAAUUUUGUGUUGCCCUCAAGUAGCCAUUCAUCUACAUCCAAUUCUUCUAACCAUUCAUCUCCAGCAAGGGCAGCAUCAUGUCAGUCUCUAAAUAUGGAUACCAGUCAUUUUCACAGAGAGCUGGCUCUCUUGGAGAGUGAUGAUGAGGAUGAACUUCUCCAUGAGUUGGAUGCAGAACUUCUUGCUCGCCCCAAAAUUAGAUCUUCACAAUCUUCUUUAGCCCAGAGGCUAAUGUCAGGAGAAAUAAGGCCAUCUCUAAAUGGUUUGCAAGCCUUUGAUAUACGCCAGUUGCAGGCUCUCAACAGGCAAUUGCUGGAGCAACUCAAGAUAAGAGAUGAAGAAAUAAACAGGUACUCAAUAGAUUUUUUAAUGUCAUUAAUAUCCUUUGUUGUUGCUUAUAAUUAAAAAUAAUAUGUUUUUAAAAAAGAAAUGGUCAAUAAAUAAUGUUCAUCAGUGGUUAAAGUUGAAUAUUAAAUUUCCAGCUUUCUUUUAUGUCAGUGAAAUAAUUUUCUCCCUCAUGUUUCCACUAUUUUUUACAUUAUAUAAAAAACAUCCUUUCUUUUUAAAUGUAAUUUUUAAGUUCCAUUAUAUAUGUGCUUAUUUUAUUUAACUAGACUAAAAAGUGACAGGGAAAUGCAAAGAAUGGAAAUAGCACAACUUCACAUGAAGUUUAAUGAAUCAGAAAAUACAAUUAUUGUAAGUCCUAGUCCUUGUGCUGAUGAUCUUUAUUUACCACAAAUUAAAGAGGUGAGUAAAUUGAACAUAUUUAAACUAUUUAUAAAUCCUUACAUUACUUGUUAAAAGGAUAAAAUCUUCAUUACGCCCCUCUCCUAUUUAAAAAAGGAAGAGAGGAAAACAAAUAUGAUAACAGUUAAAGCGAUUUAAACAUUAUCCUCACAUUUUUGUGCUGCUGUCUCUUCAUUCUUAUAUCAUCUUUACCACAUCAUGCUACUGGUUCACUAGCUUGCCAUGCUCUAAACUUAUCAGAGAACUUGUGCAAUUUUAUCAACACACAAACUCUAUAGUUUCAAGUGAUUUAGGAUAUAUUCUUUAUAAAUAGAAAUAAUUAGAAUAAUUUAAUCGAAUAAAUGUUAGAUGUCAUUAAUAUCUCAAUUAUUUUAAACACAAAAUAAGGCUAAGUCUAAUCAGAGAAACACACAUGAAUCUUCACUGCUGUAUCUAUGUUUAAAAGAUAAACUUCAUUUCAUUUUUAAAAAUAAUAAUAUGCUGUAGUUAAUUUUUUUUUCAUUAACUACAGCUAGAAAACACUAUAACUCAACAAGAAAAUGAACUGAAGGCCUUGAGAGAAAAAUUGGCCAAUCAUGACGUGGCUGCAAAACGAGCAGUCACAACUUUGCAAAAUGAACUAAAAGCUAGAGUUGAUCAGGUAUUUUGAAAAAUGUGCCUGGAUAAGUUUAUAAAAUGCACCUCAAGUACUGACAUGACUAUGGCUGACUGUACUGUAGUUAUUUCUUAUAAAAAUUAGAUGAGGUAUCAAUAAUUUGUCUUUAAUUUAAGAUCUAAUUUAAAAAAAAUAUUUUUAAUAUUUAAAAAAACUGUCAUGAGGCAUUGGCUAUACAGAUAAUUAAACUAGAAGUCACAGCAUUUCCUAUUAUGAACCUGUUUGUUAAUUUGUAUAUAUAAAAUAAAUUGGUAGAAUUGUUUCUGCCUUGUCACUUUAGAUUGUUUUCUUUACACCACAGGUGACAAAAAUGUAUGAAGAGUGUCUUAAGGAAAAGCACAUGACAGUUGUGAAGUUUGCUGAAUCUGAAAACAAAUACAUGGAAGCAAAGCGUAUCAUAGAUCGGGGUGAAGCAAAGAUAAAAGAAAUGUUGAAAGACAAAGAGAGUAUGAUGGCUGCAGUGAAGACAGCUAAGUCUGAUAAACAAAGGCUAGUUGUGAGUUUUGAAACUAAGGUAGGUGUUUUAUCCAGCUUUUCUUUCCGUCAAUAUUAGUUUAAUAAAUGGUUAUUUUCCCUCAGUUAAAAUGGUUUGUUAUUAAAAUACACUUGUAAGGCAAAGCAGACUUUGUAACAAAAGUGGGUAUUAUUCACUUUAGUGGUAUUGACCACAAGUUUGAGGCUUUUAUUACACUUAAUAAAUUUUAUUUUAUGCAAAUAUUUUAUGUUUAUAUAAAUUUGGCAGUGCACAGAAAUCAGCAAUCUCAAUAAAGAAUUUGAGAAGAUGAAAGAGGCAGUUAGCUCCAGUGAAUAUAGAAUCAAAUGGUUCCAGAAUAAACUUAAAGAUGAGUUGGAGCAGCAUAAGGUUAGUUUAAUUUUUUUUUUUUUUCAUUUAUCAGUCAGAUAGCUUGUUUUAAAGCAGGGAUGGGUUCUUGGGCUGCUUUGAUCCUGAGUCAACUCUUCGUGGGCCGAAUGUCAUUAAACCAAAUAAAGAAAAUAACUAACAAAUAAACAAUUGAUUGUGAGAUAAUAAAACAUCUACUCUUGCCGCCACACAUAAAUAAACUGUACUUACUUAAAUAAAAAUAUGCUUUUUAAAAUACAUACAGCGCAUUUUUUUACAAAAAGGUGACCCCCAUUACCACUUUCAUAACAGAAGGUGGGGGAGCUCAGCCCCCUUUCCCAGAAAUUUCUUUGAUAAUGUUAAAAUGAUGUAUUUUGGCUCAUGCCUGAAUUUAGUUUUGCAUCAUUCAGCACUUGACCAUAGAACUACAGAAGAAAUCCUAGAGGAACUUUUUGUUUCCUUAACCCAGCUGUGUUUAUAUUAUAUAAAAAUCCUUUAAUUUUUGUAGUUAUUAAAUAGUAACUUUAAAAAAAAAUAUUUUAAGUUCACUGAAAUGGCGCAUACAGUCACAAAAUGUGCUAUAUAUAUAUAUAUAUAUGAAGAGCUGAUUUUCAAAAUGCUGUAUGUCCAUUAAUGGAUUAUUCAACUUUUUACAAAAAAUUACAUUCUGCGCUUAGAGAAUUAAAUCAUUUUUAAACAAGAAUAAAAUAGGAGUAUGUUGUGUUUUGUAAGUAAUAAUAAUAAUUAGUGGUCUUUUAUAGCACGGUACCCCAGCCAAGGGCUGGGCUCACCGCGCGGUACGUAAAAAUAUUAUCAUAAUCAUGACAUUAAAAUCAAAUAUAAUUUUGAAAUAAAAAACAGCAUGUACCCCAGGACUUUUACAAGGCAAACCAAGGACGGCAGCCAACAAGAUCAUUUAUCGGUCAGAGGAGGGAAUCAGUCAGGGUAGUAUAGUUUAAAGAGAUGUGUUUUGAGUGCAGUUUUGAAGGCCUGGGUGGUUGGUAUAUUGCCGAUGUGUAGUGGCAAAGAAUUUCAUUGUUUGGGGGCCCCAGAAAGAGAAAGAUCAUUCACCAUAUGUUUUAGUGUGUGUCUUGGGAAUGGACAGAAUACGCGUGUCUGUGGAGGAGCAAAGCUGUCGAAGGGGUGAAUAGACAGAAAGAAGUUCGGUUAGAUAGGAAGGGCAGGAAUCAGAGAAAAAGUUGUGACAGAGAACAGACAACUUGUAGUCAAUGCAUGCCUGUAUAGGUAGCCAAUGAAGGGAGUGGAGUAGUGGUGUGACGUGAUCAUGUUUUUUUGCCUUUAGAACUAGCCUAGCAGCAGAGUUUUGGACUUUCUGCAGUUUUUCUAUGCAGUGUUUUGGUGAACCUCACAGAAGAGAUUUACAAUAAUCAAAACGAGAGAUAACAAGAGCACAGACUAGAGUUUUUGUAGCGCUAACUGUGAGGUAUUGGCGGAUGGAAAUGAUCUGACGGAUAGCGGUGUAUGCCGAACGAAAAAUGUGAGAGAUAUUUUUAUCGAGAGACAUGUUGUUAGAAAUAAUAUAACCAAGAUUCCUAGUAGAGGGUGUAAACAGUAUGUCGGAGUUACCUACGUGAAAUGAGGUGGGAAGAGUUGAUGUAGAGAUGAUGGAUUUAUUGUGAAUGAGGAGUGCUUUUGUUUUGUCAUCAUUAAGCUUCAACUUGCUGAGUGUCAUCCAUGACUUGACAUCAUCAAUGCACCCCGCAAAGUCUGUACAGCGGAAUCAACAAGAGAUGGAUGGGUAUGCAUGUAUAGCUGCGUAUCAUCUGCAAAUGACUGGUUCUCAACAGCAUGCCUCCCAAGCAAGAGUAGCAGUGGCCUGGUAUACAUUAUGAAUAGAUCCGGGCCCAAAACGGACCCCUAUGGCACUCCGUACACCAAAUGAGCACUGCCUGAGAGACAGCCAUCGACAGGGACCACCUGAGUUCUAUCAGAGACCUAAACCAAGCCAAAACUGAACCAGAAAUUCCAAAGUAAUUUUCAAGGGUUUUGAAAAGGAUUACAUGGUCAACAGUGUCAAAGGCGCACUGAGGUCUAAGAGGAUCAGGAUGGAGAUAUCACCACUGUCCAAUGCGAGCAAGAGGUCAUUGGUCACUCUCAAGAGAGCCAUCUCUGUGCUGUGGAAAUGUCUAUCAGCCGACUGAUUAGAACUGAGAAGAGAGUGGUCAAUUAAAUAAGCAAAAAGUUGUUUUAGAACUAGUUUUUCAAUAACUUAAGAUAAAAAAUGAUAAGUUAGAUACAGGUCUAUAAUUUUUAAAAUUAUUUUCAUCCAGACCAAGCUUCUUAAGCAAUGGUUUGAUGACAGCUGAUUUACAAAGAGGAGGAACAGUGCCAGAAGACAAGCUUUCAUUUAUUAUGUGGGUUAUCGUUGGGAGAAAAUGAUCUAAUGACUCAACCAACAGGGGGUUGGGUAUGGGAUCCAAAUAACAUGACGUAGGUUUAGAUUUUAAAAUUAUACUUUUGACCUCAAGUUCUGAAACAGGUUUAAAAAUAUCGAAAUGUGAAGUAAGACAAUGAAAAGGAGGCAAUCAAGGGGUGGUGCAUCAAAACGAUCAAGCUCAGCGCGAAUGCCAGCAACUUUGCUUAUAAAGAAAUCACAGAAAAUAUCUGGUUGCUGGGACAAAGAAAAUACUGUUGUUUGCUGGUUUUACCCAUAGUUAUCGUUUGGCUAAAAUACGAAGUCUUAGCAGGACAAACAAUCUGAGUGACACACUUCUUGGCAGCGGAAAAGAUUACCUUAAAAACCACAAGACCUGACCUCAACCACUUUUUUUCCGCACUACGCCGCUCUUUCUUGGCACUGCGUAGUUCUUCCCUUAUGGUCACAUACCAGGGAGCUGACCGCGUUAACCUAAAAUUGCUGCGGGUGACGGGGGCGUGCCGGUCAAGCACAGCCCGCAAAGCAUGGUCUAGCGUUUCCAAUGGGCGGGGGACACUUCUAAACUCAGGUCAUGCUUAAAGGCAUCCCUGUUUAUAGUUCGCAGACUGCGGACCUCCCUAAACUGAGGGAGAGGGUUGAGGGGCCCUUUCGUUAAGCUCGCAAAUAACACAGAAGUGGUCAGAGGAUAGCUCCUGAGUGACUGAAGCAGAUCUAACUAAACCAUCUUGAGGCCAAUGUAGCACCCAAUCAAGAAUAUGUCCACGAUUAUGCGUCGGUUGGUCGACUGCUGAAGACUGAAGAAGUCCAAAAGAUCCAACAUCCUAGCAAUGGAGGAAUGUUGUGGUUGAUCGAAAUGAAAGUUCAUGUCACCUAGUACAAUGUAAGUCCUGGCCAAUGUGUUGCAGUGAUCAAUCAAGGCCGGGAAUUCUCGAUGAAACAAUGCGUCGGUCAAUUUAUUUUUCUUACUAGGGAAGGUUCGAUAUAAGCACAUUAAAUGAACGUCCUGCUGGGGCACUGAUAGGGUAAAUUGAACUGCCUCAAAAGAUGUAUGAACAAAUGGGAGGUCUGUGACAAAAGCUAUAUGAUGGGACAACGUGUCUCUAUAUAUAAUAGCAAGGCCUCCACCAUGAGUUGAACGGGGAAAUGAUCGGGCUGAAUAGCCAGAUGGAGCGAGAUCGGUGCACUUCCCCUCAUUGCCAGUCAGCCGAAACCAGGUCUCCUGGAUAAACAGAAUGUCAAUGUGCAUAUCAGUGAUAAAUUUGGAAACUGCGAUGCGUUUCUCUUAAGAGCCAAGCGACUGGGCGUUGAAUGAGGCGAUGAGAAGCUGUCUGUUGCUGAUAGGUGGAGAGGUUUUGAUGUGAUGGCAGUCAACAGCAACUAGAUUUGAUCUCGUCUUGCCCCUUUGAGGUGGUGUGAAAUCAUGAUCCGCUGACCAUGCUCUUAGGAUUGACACAUAGGGAAUGGUUGAGAUGGAUGACACGGUAUAUGGCUGAUUUCCAUCAUCACUUAAAGUUUCGUUUAAAGGCUUUACAUUACAAUUUCCGCAAGCAGUAAUAUUGACGUGGCUGUCGUCAUGGUGGUAUUUCAGUGGACGCUGUUUCCGACGACCUGCUCGAUAAAGACGCUUCUUCUUUCGUUGUGGGCCAAUUUUCCUUCCACCAUUACGAUGGGUACACUUAUGGGGCAGGCCUCAACCAAUGGAGAGUUCUUUCAAUCGAUAUGCAAGGUUAGCAGUCAAGAGUAUACGUUGGGUAUUCAUUGACAAUAGCCGAUCGCGUGAGUAAAUCAGCACAUCUCGAUUACCUCCGUGGGGCUGGGGUGUGUACCCAACCGUAUCAUUAGCCUGCAUGAGGGAUGAUUGUGAUGACAGCCUAGAUGGCCGAUAACGUAAGGAAAACAGAAAACACAGAUAAAGCUACAAUAUGAUCAAGAGCUCGAUCCUAUACAUGCCUGUAAGGUGUAGUCUCAAGCUCAAGACAACUCUGACUUCCCCGAAAUUGAAUUUAUUUAAUUAUGAUAAUGAUUUAACAACACCUGCCUGUUUUGGCACAAUUUUGGUAAACAAAAGUUUGAAAGGCAGCCAUCUUGUUGCUAGCCGGAAGUCUUAUUAAAUAAACUUUACCAUGUCCUAAAGGAACCUAGUUUGCUCUACAAAAAACGUAAGGUUUUUUAGGUUGUUUUUUUAAAAUGGUGGAUACCGCGUUUUGAAAAUAAGCUCUUCAUAUAUAUAUAUAUAUGUAUGAUUUUUUUUAAAAUGUGAAUUUUUGCCAAGAUUGAAGAUAAUCACUAAAAUUGAAAUGAAGGAAUAAGUUCAUUUGUGAUUCAUCUGGUGUGGCAUAAUAUUUAAUGUGGUGGGCUGAAAUAGGCCCACAGUUCAUGGGUUGGCCAACCCUGUUUAGAAAACUGAGUUUAUGAAAGCAAGUGAUCACAAAUAAAAACCUCAAAAUUUUGUUUUCAUAAUUGAAAAAUGUCUUUUCAUUCUCUUUCUUAAAAAUUUUAAUCAAGGUUUAUUUUCACUUGUGAUGCUGUCCCACAUUUUAACAUCUGAAUGCAUUAACCAUAGAGAGCAAAGCAGAUAAAAUUGAAAUUGUUUCUUUUGUUUAUUUAAAUGUUUGCAAAGUUGUGUCACAUUCAAGCUAAGUAAAAAAUAAUUAUUUGUGAUUGACAAAAUAAAUGUUUGUCUCAUAUAACCAUUUCUAACUUAAGUGAAAUUAGUCUUUUUUUCUGCCUGUUGUACAGGAAACAAAAGUAAAUUUAGAGAAAACUUCUGCCAAGUUAAAAGAAGCCAGAGAAGAGACUGAGGUUAUUCGAAAAGAGUGUCAAGCCAUUGUGAAAAGAUAUCAAGUUAGUAAUUUGUCCUACAAAAUUAUUCAUUUUUUAUACCAAGUUCGUAGUAAAAAUAGCUUUUCCUUGGAGUGAUAACUGCAUUAAUUUAUUCCAUCCAAAUUUAUCAUUAAAAAUUAUUUUGUUUUUUUUUCUUGACUUUAUAAAAAUACAUUGUGUAAAAGUAUUUCAAGACUUAAACUAUCUGACAGGAAUCAGAAGAAAUUAAGUCCAACAGUCUAGAUAAAGAGUUGAAAAUAAAGGAAACUGAGCUAAGAACACAGAUGCAAGAAAAGAAUGAUACAGAGGAGGUAAUUUAUUUGUGUCAUUUAUACUGCCUACUUGUCAUAAUGCACAUAUAAAACAAGAAAAAUUUAAAAGCAAUUUCUAGGGCUCAGUCCGAUAAUAAACAAACAUCUGAUAAAAUUUGCAAAAAGACAGUCAAUUUUUAAAAUUGAAUCUUUUGUUAGGUUAUAACCACAAGCCUAGUGAUAUGCAUUUAUUACUAUAUCUUGAUCCAUUUUGAAUAAAUGAUUGAAUUAAUUGGUUUCAUUUAAAUUGCUUCAUUUAAAUUUAAAUUGUACAACUAUUAAUUACACCAGCUUGUGUCAGUACAAAAUAUAAAUAGGAAGUUACUUGUUUCAGUAAAAUGAGGACACUUUUCAAGAAAUUGUAAAUCUGAAGAUAUACAUUAUUUAAAACCAAAGAGAAAAAAGCAGUAUUUUAAAAAAGGUCCAAUUUGUUGUUUUUUUCAAGAUUCAUCAGAUGACUAAAAGGGAAUUAGAUUCAUUAAAAGCCCAACACAAAGAUGUCUUAGAAGAAGCUAAGACCCUUAAAGACAAGGUAGAGAGAUAUUUGACUUAAAUAUAACCAACCUUAACAGUUUUAGCAUUUAUUAUUUUUGUGAUUAUGGAACUGAUAUUCCUGUUGCAUGAGUGAAAACAUCCCAAUGAAGAUAUUAAUUUUUCAUGUAACUUGUCCACAACAUUGAAAAAAAAAAAGAAGACAUGACCAUUACUCUAUAUGGAAGCUGCAAGAAGUGUAAAUAUUUAGUUCUGAAAUUUUAUCAUAACCAAAUAAAUAUAUCGAUUAUUUGGAUUUUAAAAAAAAAAUAGGUUCACUGUUUAGAAGAUGAACGUCAGCAAAACCAUCGUAUGAUUGAAAAUUACCAAGAAAUUAUGCAAAGACAGAAGACUGACAAUGCUGGUUUGAAGUCACAGAUAUCUUCUCUUACUACACUAGAAGAAGACUAUAAAAGGUUGGUAGUAUUCUGUAACUAUUUGGUUGUUGAUAUCCUUUUCAGCUUUAGCAAUGCACAUGAAACUAUACUUAACGAUACUUAUUAUUUUUUUUUCUGCAAGUGUCUUUAAUAAUAGCCUAUUCUACCUCUAUACAUUGUUGCCAAUAAAAAAAGAAUUAUUUUAAUAUUUUUUUUCAAAUAAAUUUAACUUGGUCUUUUGGUUAAGCUAUGGCAGUCCAGUUGUUCUUUUAAAAAAAAUUAAAUUAAUCUCAAUUAUGUUUAUGCAAUCUCUGUGAUAAAAAGAUUUUUGAAAGAGUCCAAGUUGAUGAAAAAGGGUAAAAAAAAUUUUAGAGAAUUAAAAAAAAUUUUUUUUUUUAGAGAAUUAAAAAAAAAUUAAAAGCACAUUUUUAAAAGAAUUUUUAUUUACAAUUGUGACUGUUAAAUGAAACUCAUCAUUACAUGUGUUUAUUUCAACACUAGAGCUCAGGACAUGAUUCAGGCUCUAGACAAAGACAUUAAUGACCUUAAAAUAGUCAAUCGAGAUUUGCAGAAAGACAUGGAGUCUUGUAGGGAAAGAGAGUCUAAAAUGCUUACACUACAGUCAGAACUGAGUCGCUCAAAUGCCCUGCUAAGGUCUGAAAACUCUAACCUCAGCAACAAAGUCAGUAUUUUUUUGUUUUGCUUUUAUUAUGCCAACGAUACAUGUUUUAGUGAAAUUUGGUGAGCUGAAUUUUAUAUUCAACUAUUGAUUUAUAAAAAUUAAAUAAAAUUUAUUACCUGUAGUUAAAAUUGAGAAAUGUCACUUAACCAUAUUGUCAUUGAUAUAAAAAUAGUUAAACAAUUUUCACAGCACGAUGAAAAUAUCUGAAAAUUUUGAUUUCAUGCCUCCUCUGCAUUAUUAAGUGGAACUAGCUAUAGGAAUUCAUUGCAUAUGCAUUCCAUUCUCAGGCUUCUACUCUUAGUACUGAAGUUGAACAACUGAAAAUGCAAUUACAGGAGUUGGAUACUACGGUGAAAAAUUUGGUAGGUAUAAAAUUAAAGUGGGAAGGUGAGUUUUGUGUCUAUUAUUUCAUUUCCCUGAAAUAAUAAUAUCUUAAAAAUCACAUUUGUAAUAAAAUGUUUCUUUAUUUUUCCACUUUUCAUACAUCAGACUGAAAAAUAUCAUUUUGAAAAAAGUAAAAAGCAAGAGGAAUUGGAUAGAAUGAGUGCAUCACUCGCUGAACAAAUCAAGGAAUGUGAGUGAUUAUUUAAUACAUUAUAUGAUAUAGUAAAUACAGUAUAUUUAGAUGAAAGUGAUCAUUCUUAUCUGGGACAAGUCUCCAAAUCAAAUAUUCCCUGUCUGCAUUUUCCCCCUUAUACAGGACUAUUACAUAACAAGCUUAUGGCAAAAGUUAGUGUUAUAUCUGUUGUCAGAUACACAUGUUGAUACAUCCCAAUAAUUUUCAUGUAGUAUAAAUUAUGAUGUUUCUAGGCUACCUGCUAUUAUUAUUCAAUUGUGUGAUAGUCCUUAAUCUGUAAUGUAGGCAUGGUAUAUAACCCUUAAAAGAAAUAUUUUUUUUUAAAAGGGAAGAAUUUAUUGAUUUGGAACCUAAUACAUUUUAAAUUUCCGAAUCAUUGUAGGGUGGACCCCAGAAAUGCUUCCGGGAAAAUGAACUAUCAACUUAAUUUAUACAGUAAUUGAGAUAUUUUUAUCAUUGCUGAACUAGAUACAACAUCAUUUGAAAGCUUGAGGUUGACUGAAACAUUUCUAAAAUUUCAAUGUUUCAGGCAGUGAUUACAAACAGAAAUGGGAAGAUGAAAUGGACAAUAGUAAAACACUAAAGCGCAGACAUGCCAACAAUAUAAAGGUACACAGCACAAAUUAUUAAAAUUGUUGUUUUGGGAAGUGAAUUUGUUUCACUUUUCUGUAUUAUUAUUGCAACCAAUUAUGCAAUGCAUGCAAUGAAAUAUUUGUCCAGCAUUUAAGUUGCUGCAUUUAAUCUGUCAACACACGUUUCAAUAUGUUAUGUAAUUUCUCUGUUUAGGACCUAACUCGGCAGCUGCAACAAGUUAGGAGGAAACUUGAAUCUCAGGAGGGUAAAGGUGAUGCCUGCAGUAUGGGAUCACGUACCAAUUCAAAUGGCAGCCUCAACUCUGUUGACAACUCUCAACAUUCACAAACAGCUCACCAGGCACCUGUCCAGGUAACCCAAUAAGUCCAAAACUUAAAGAAAAUAGAUAAGAUGCUGUAAAACUUCUGAACAUUCUCUUUCUGUAAUUUAUUUAUCACUAUCAACUGUGAAAUUAAGUAAAUGAUAGUAUUUUCUCAUAACUAUUUAUAUACUCGAAAAAUUAAGGAUAAUUUAAGAAAACCAUAAAGAAAGAAAAAAAUUUCCAGGAAUUCCGUGUUAUCACUGAACAAGUUGAAGUUGACAAACAAGUUUUGAUAGAAAGGAUAGUCCGUCUACAAAAGGCUCAUGCUCGGAAGAAUGAAAAGUUGGAGUUCUUAGGAGAGCAUAUCCAGCAGUUAUUGGAGGAGAUCAAGAAGAAAAACAAGUUAGUAUUCAGUUAAAUGCAUUAUACAGAUGAAUUGAAAUAAUAUCCUAUGAUAGAUCACAGCUUAGCUUACAAUGCUAAUAACCCGUGAAAACCAUCAUUCAGCCCCAUUUCUCUCCUCCGGUAACAAUUUAAUUUACACUAACACAUUAGCUGCUAACCUCAUUACUCCGAAACACCCCAUGGAAUGCUAAGCUAAAAGAGAUAACUCUUAAUUGCAAGCGCUCGAAUGUUAAAAAAAUAUUUGUUUGAACCACUAAACAACAUGCAAUUUUAUAAAACAAGUAUUGACAGAGAGAAAAAUGAAUGACAUUUAUAAAAAAUGUAUAGUUUUAUAUACUAUUCUUUUUGCUGCAAAGCAAUAUAUUCAUAGUUUUUAAAAUCUCUGCAGCAUUUUAGGUUUGCGAUGAUUUUUGGGUCUCAUGAAAUUUGGCAAAUUAGUAACCCUUUAAACCUGUGCGCAGCCAGUUGUUUCCCUGGUUCUGCCACUGUCCAUCUUGUUAUUAGCAGUGUAAUAACACUGGUAACAUCAACAUUUUCUGCCAAGUAUGGGUCUUAACAUUUGCUGACAGCUGUAUGGCAUAUUAGAUAUCUGUUUCCAUCAUGCCAUGGCAUAAAGCUGCACCAUUUCAUUUCCAUUAGUCAUAAACAGUCUGAAAUAAUUUGCUGUACUGCUAUUAAAUAGGAAAGCUAUUCAAUCUAUGUAAAUCUUUCAAUCUGAUUAGUAACAGUGGUCACAUUGUCUGACUAACACCCAGUGACAAUGUAUUUAUAUCAUUCUUCAAAGUAGCCUCACAUUCUCAGUAUCUGACUCAUCUUCAUUGCCGUUAUUAUUGUUGAAUCUGUAAUUAGACAAUGAACCAGCAAUCAAACUAAAAUACCAUAGCAAUAAAUUUUCAUACAACACAAUCACAGAUUCACUAAUAUUAGUCCAACUUUACAACUUGUAGCUCACAAACCGAAAAAGAUAAAAGCAUCCCUUAAAAAAAAAAAAUCCCUUAAUUUCCUACUUUUUAAGUAUCCAAAUGCUAUUCGUAUGAAAACAAAACACAUCUUGUGAGACUGACUGGUAUGUGUACGUUGCUAGGGAAUAUGACACAUUGGGUCGCAUUAGUAUUGAGUGGGGUAUGUUGCAUUUUGUUGCAAUGUAAUAGUAGUGAAUGGGUUAACAGCUUCAGUCUUCAUUAAGUUAAAAGUUACUUUUUAUUUACAUAUGGGUCACACAUCUCUUUAAAGAGCAUUGUUUUAUUUGUGUCUGAUAGUAAAUUCAAAAUCGAAGUAUUGAGGUUAAUAUAUUAUUAUAUUUCUUUUGUAGAGAAAUCUCUGUUAGUUUAAUUACAUGUGUAGAGUGAACUGUCAGAAAAUUACUGUCUUGCAAAUGGGUUGUUUGCAUAAGUAAAGAAUGGUUUCCAACAUAUAACUUGGCCUCAUGUAAAUAGGAUUAGUUAUUUUUCCUUUAAUAAGCCAAAAUAAUUAUUAAAUAAAUAGUCAUUUUAUAUAAUAUUCUUUAAUAAUUAUUAUACUAUUUUUUCUUUCAGCUUAUCUUAAAUAUUUACAUUUAUUUUUUGUUAUAUUCAAUUGAAUUAAGUAAUGUUGCAGCCAUAAAAAGGUAUCACUAGCAUUUGGAUGUGUAAAUAAAAAUAAUGAUCAGAUUAAUUUUCUUGUCAUCUCUUAAUAAAAUGAUUAACUAUUCAAGUUUUAGAAAAUUCAAACUGUACUGUUAAUAUAUUGGAUUGAUAUAAAAUAAAUGAAAAAUAGAAAAAGAACUGAGGUGUGGGAAAUUCCAAAAAUUAAAAUCCUCUUUCAUUCAAUUUUUACUUGUUUUUUAAUGUGGCAGAAUAAUCCAAACUUAUGUGUUACGAGAAGACGCUGGGACACUGUCAUCAGAGGAAAUGGAUUCAAAUAAGGUUAGAGUU